AUGGCCCUCGAUAAUUUAAUCUUCGCGCAAUGCAUCCUCUAUUUUUUGGCGUUUGUGUUUGGCUUUAUUGCCGUAGUGCCUCUCUCCGAAAACACGGAGGAUUUUCAUGGAAAAUGCUUGCUUUUCACGCGUGGUAUGUGGCAGAAUGAGAACAUCACGGUCUCAAAGCAGCGCUUCAUCGUUGAGGAGUGGGGACCGGAGUCUUCCUGCAGUUUCAUCACUUUUGUCGGGAUAGCAUCGCUCAUCCUAUCCGCAGUGCAGGCAUGGAGACUGCUGUUCUUUCUUUGCAAAGGCCACGACGAGUGAGUGUCCUAAUCAUUUGUGGUUGUUCUGCCUUACUUUGCAUGUUUUCUUUUCUGCGUGUUUAUUCUAUCUUAAUUAUUUUUAAAGAGAGAAAAAGAGAUUGGGUGUGUUUCAAGCAGCCCGUCCACUCCCACGCCCAAAUUAUCAGUGAUGCUGCUUGAAUAAAUACAGGAAAAACAAAAUCCGCUAGCCAUUAAUUUAAUAGAUUUAUCUGAGUCUAUUCUACAGCUCUAGGCCCCACAGAAUAAGAAAAAUUAUGUUUUUGCUAUUGCACAAUUUGCCCAUCACCGUGCGUAGCUCCAUAAUCAAUAUGUUUAAUCAGGAAAUGCAAUUUUCUGCCUUUUCAACAGAGUUGCAAUCACAGAAACUGCAUUUAUGGAUUAGGCUACUGCAAUCUUUAUAAUAACAUUGUCACGAUCGUCGUGAACAGAGGACCAAUGCGCAGCGUUGAAUGCAAACAUAUUUAUUAAAUCUGAAGGAUAACACGAACAAAAACAACAAAACGAUAACGUGACGUCCUUAGCUCAAACAAAACCUACUAGUAACACGGAACAAGAUCCCACAAACACUGAGGGAAAACAGACUGUUUAAAUAUGGUUCCCAAUCAGAGACAACCAGCAACAGCUGACACUCGUUGCCUCUGAUUGGGAACCACUCUGGCCAACAUAGAAAUACAAGACCUAGAAUGUAAAACAAAGAGCACAACACAUAGACUCUACACACCCUGGCUCAACAUAAAAGAGUCCCUAGAGCCAGGGCGUGACAAACAUGUUUUACUACUGUGCAAUGCAGACGUUUUCAUUGGUCUGUCAUUGUUUCAUUCUGACAUUGGGUGGAUUGGUUAUUCUACCCAUCCACUUAAAAAACGUAGGCCUAUCUAAAACUAAGAAUUAAUGAAUUAUUGUGAUACAGCACGAUUCAUUUUAUGUAAAAUACAUAUAUAAUUAUUUCACUAUUUACAUUUACAUUUCAUGAUCCUGCAUUGCAGUGAUUCAUGAAUUACUUAAAACUGUCAAACUGACCCAUCAAAGUCAGUGGGCGGGGCUAACGCGAAUCUAGUCUGAUCCAUUGCUUUGGUCUGAAGUAGAGUAGGCCAACCUGGAUAGAGACAAUGGAGGAUCUCCGUGAACUUUCCAGGGAGUUGGUUAGAGACAUUUUAAACUUAGCAGAGGAUGUAGAAGCAGGACCUGCUGACAUUAUCCGGAAUUGAUUUGUCUUGGCUUGAUGCAGAGGGUAACCAAUCAGGCGUUAGGUUCCGCCUACCAACUUUUGAUGGGUCAGUUUGACAGUUUUAAGUAAUUCAUGAAUCACUGCAAUGCAGGAUCAUGAAAUGUAAAUGUAAAUAGUGAAAUAAUUAUAUAUGUAUUUUACAUAAAAUGAAUCGGUAUUUGAAUUAAUUAAUGACACAUUUAACAGCUACACCACAAAUCUCUUUCUAUUGGUCAUAUCAUCCAUUAAAAAACGCAACAUAGCCACAAUAAAACUAAAACCCAUCACUCAUGCAUUUGACAAGAUGGUUGGAUUAAGUUAAAAAAAAAAACACCACAAUCUCCACAGACAUCUUCUAAUCAAAUCCAAUUUAACACUAAGGAAACGUGACAAGGAUGGUAUUAAAGAAAUCACAUUUUUCACCCUGUCUUACACUGAGUAUACAAAACAUUAGGAACACCUUCCUAAUGAGUUGCACCCUGUUUUGCCCUCAGAACAGCCUCAAUUCGUCGGGCAUGGACUCUACAAGGUGUCAAGCAUUGCACAGGGAUGCUGGCCCAUGUUGACUCCAAUGCUUCCCACAGUUGUGUCAAGUUGGCUGGAUGUCCUUUGGGUGGUGGAUCAUUCUUGAUACACACGGGAAACUGUUGAGCGUGAAAAACCCAGCAGCAUUGCAAUUCUUGACACACUCAAACCGGUGCGCCUGGCACCUACUACUAUACCCUGUUCAAAGGCACUUAAAUAUUUUGUCUUGCCCAUUCACCCUCUGAAUGGCACACAUACACAAUCCAUGUCUCAAUUGUCUCAAGGCUUAAAAAUCCUUCUUUAACCUGUCUCCUCCCCUUCAUCUACACUGAUUGAAGUGGAUUUAACAUGUGAUAUCAAUAAGGGAUCAUAGCUUUCACUUGGAUUCACCUGGUCAGUCUAUGUCAUGGUCAGUCUAAUGUUUUGCACACUCAGUGUAUAUUCUCUGUCUCGCUGUCUCUCACUCUCUCUUUGAGUGUAGUUCCCUGUUCAAUGCCUUCCUGAAUCUGGUGAUCAGCUCCCUGGUGGUGUUCACAGUGUUCCUCUCCAGCACCAUUGUCAGUGUGGGCUUCAACCUGUGGUGUGAUGCCAUCACAGAGGGAGGGAGCAUGUCCAGCAGGUGAGACUUAAAACACCCUCUGUCCCUCACACUGUCUUACAUGUCUCACAAGCUCUUCGAUUGUCUGUGGCAAGAUUUAGAAAUACUAUUGAGUUCCGACCAUAUACCUAUGAUCAUGUGGCUAAUCAUGUCCCCUAACCUCAGUGACCAAAGUAACAUUAUGAGCAGAUCUUCUCCUAAGCUCACCUUACUCUUUACUUGUAUUUCAGCUGUGAGGACCUGCAGGACACUGAUCUGGAGUUAGGCCUGGACAACUCCUCGUUCUAUGACCAGUUUGCCAUUGCCCAGGUAAGGGUCAGACGAAUGUGUAGAGUCAUACACUGUGUUGAUACUUGAGACUGUACCAGAGUCUUCUGUCCAAAUUUGACCCAGCUCUGGUUGAACCCUGUGGCUAUAUUAUAUCUGUUAAACCUGUCUCCUACCUGCAGUUUGGUCUGUGGUCAGCGUGGCUGACGUGGCUGGGUAUCACGAUCAUGGCCUUCCUCAAGGUCUACCACAACUACCGCCAGGAGGACCUUCUGGACAGUCUGAUCCACGAGAAGGAGCUGCUGCUGGGACGUUCGUCCCGCCGGGGUUCUAAUGUCAACCAGAUGAAUUGUGGCAUGGUCUAA